GUCAGAUCUAAAAAAUUUGCUUCAGAUCUGAGUUCGAUUCCGAUCUAUGAAGGAGGCCAACAUCAACGAAGGUUCUUUUUCUUCAAGUCAUCUUCAUCUUCAAAUAUUUUUCAUUUUUUUCAUAUCUUUGAUUUUUCUACUUUAGUGCGGGAAUAGCUCGAAUAUGGCCUUAAGAUUACCUGCGAGAAUUCUGAAAUGUUGAGGUUGAGAGAAAUUUCUCUCCCUGGAAAUUUGCUCGAUUUUGUGCUUUGGUCUGGUUCUGGUCUUCAGGACAUGGGAGAGGGCAGAGGGGGCACCCAACAGGCCAUCAGCAAUCAUUUGAAAUUGCAUCCAAGCAUAAGUGGACUGUUUAAGAGAGAUUUACAGAGUCGGAAAUUGCAUCCAAGCAUAGGUGGACUGUUCUGACGCAGGGUGUUUAUAAAGUGAUAUGGGAGAAAUGGGGGGCUCGAGAUUUGAAGAAGAAAACAAACAGUGAAGAAGUUCAAUCUAGUGGUCUUCACGCAGGAUGGUCUCAAAAAGGGUGGAUUGACAUUGUUAGUUUUGCUAGGACCCUUUAUAUCCACAUAAAUGAGAGAGAAUAUGAUCAUCUUCGCGGAAAGGUACUAUUUCAUAUAUCAGAUCAAUUUCUUCUCUUCUAUUUUAUUGAUGAUGGUAAUAUGUUGUUAAUAAAGGUUAUUAUGUGUAUUGUGGGUGAUGGUAGAUAGUUUGGGUUUGGCUUUAAUCACCAUAUAUUGUUGUAAAAGUAGCCCAAAAUUCUGUAAGUAUGCCUAAAUAAUUUUUAAUUAAAUCUAGUAAAAACCAGCAUCCCUUCAACUUUUAGUAGUUGCUUUAUCUAAGCUCGAUGAUGAAGAAAUAGAGUGCGAGAUUGUUCGGAUGUGGCCUGAUUUCUGUGCAAAUUUAUUUGAGUGCGCAUGCCGGUGUUUUAUGGGUCGUACCAUGGAUGAUACUUGCCUCAAGAAGAUAUCACCUUAUGUAAUGUAGUUUGCACAAUUAUUUGGACAUCCUUUCGUAUGUGGAACAAUUAGAGGGAUUGAGGCAUACACCCCUCCCCCUUUUUUGCAUGAUCCAAUAGCGUGUUUGCACCCUCCAGUGAAAUCCAAACUUCCCAUGUUUAUUUUUUGGGCAAAUCAUAUCUAAUCUCCGGAUGUGUGAAUCACACUGUGAUGAUGCUAGUUGGAACUCGAGAAAAUAAUAUGGUAUUAGUUCU